UUCUGCCAUCAUUGUGCAUGUUUGAUAGUAAAAUGAAUGUGAAGCAUGUUGGUUUGUAAAGAAUUGUAAAAGUGUGCAGCAGUUAUCAUUUAAAACAAAGCGCGUUUAAAGCUCACAAAAUUAAGGAAAGGCUAUUUCCAGGUCUUAAAUGAAGGAUUUUGACCAUUUUAAAAGAAUAAAAGACAAAUGUAGCAUAUAUUGGGUUAGGGGGCAUAUAGUUAUGAAAUGCAACAUUGUUUUCUAUCCAAAGAGAACAUCAAAAGAGAUGCUUUGUGUGAGCAGGCACUACUUUGAUACGUGACGUGGAUCUCUCAAUCCCCCUCCAUCCAUCUCUCGUGAUGAGAUGGAUGAUGGUGACAGUGCAUGAGAGAAACAAAAAAGGGAGGGAGGAGGAGGAUAAUACCUUCUGAAUACAUGAUGAAAGUAGUCAUCAGGCUUAAACUGACUGGGGGGCAAGUGGCAUGUAGAGAGCGUGCAUGUGAGUGACACUGAGCACCAGCAUCCACUUUGCCCCUGCAGCAGCUCUCAGCCGCUGCUUAGUAAAAUAAAAGCAGGAGGAAAGACACAGUCAGAUGGAGUAAAGCUCCGUCCGGUCCAGAAUAUUAUUUUUUUUACCGACAAAUUUAACAACUUGUUCAAUGUGCUCUGUCUGUUGAGGAAGAAAGAGGAUGAUGAACAACGUGACAGACAGUGAGGAGGGAGAAGGAGGACCCAACAGCCAGGGAGAUGCAAAUCCUAAAGAGAGUAGCCCUUUCAUCAACAGCACCGCAGCCACUGACGUGGAGAAGAGCCAGCAGUAUGACGGCAAGAGCAUGGCACUGUUCGAGGAGGAGAUGGACACCAGUCCAAUGGUUUCCUCUCUGCUGAGCACUCUGGCCAACUACUCCAACCUGCCAACCGGCAGCAAGGAGCAUGAGGAGGCCGAGAACAACGAGGAGGGCCCACGCCCAUCCAAAAAACCUGUCAAGGCACCACAGCUGGGCACUCUGAUGGGAGUCUACUUGCCCUGUAUCCAGAAUAUCUUUGGGGUUAUUCUUUUCCUGAGGAUGACGUGGAUGGUUGGGAUUGGAGGAGUCUUUGGCUCCUUCAUAAUCGUUUUCAUGUGUUGCUCCACGACCAUGCUCACGGCCAUCUCCAUGAGUGCUAUUGCAACGAAUGGCGUUGUACCAGCUGGAGGCUCAUACUACAUGAUCUCUCGCUCACUGGGGCCUGAGUUUGGUGGAGCCGUUGGGAUUUGCUUCUAUUUGGGCACAACAUUUGCUGGCGCCAUGUACAUUCUAGGCUGCAUUGAAAUUCUUCUAAUUUACAUCGUUCCUCAGGCUGCCAUCUUUAAACUCGAGGGUCUGGAGGGCGCAGACGCAGAGAUAGCGCUGCUCAACAACAUGCGAGUGUAUGGCACCAUUGUGCUGAGCUUGAUGGCACUGGUGGUGUUUGUGGGAGUCAAAUACGUCAACAAGCUGGCACUGGUCUUUUUGGCCUGCGUUAUCUUCUCCAUUCUAGCCGUUUACGCAGGAGUCAUCAAGACGGCCCUCGAGCCUCCAACCUUCCCCGUUUGUCUGCUCGGAAACAGAACGCUUAUCUCUAAAGGAUAUGAUGUGUGUGCAAAGGUGAUAGAAAUAGACAAUGAGACUGUUACCACCAAACUGUGGAGUUCCUUCUGCGAUUCGGAUUCCCUUAAUGCCACCUGUGAUGAAUACUUCAUCAACAACAACGUCACAGAGAUACAGGGAAUCCCAGGAGUCACCAGUGGUAUUCUAGCAGAGAACUUGUUUGGGUACUAUCUGGAGAAAGGCAUGAUCCUGGAGAAGCGUGGAGUCUCCUCCACUGUGGAUCCUGACAGUCCCACAACCAACAGCAACCGCUAUGUCCUGGCAGACAUCACCAGCUUUUUCACCCUGUUAGUUGGGAUAUACUUCCCAUCUGUCACAGGUAUCAUGGCUGGCUCCAACCGCUCUGGUGACCUGCGUGAUGCUCAGAAGUCGAUCCCCAUCGGCACCAUUGCUGCCAUCACCACCACUUCAACUGUGUACAUGUCGUGUGUUGUUCUGUUUGGUGCUUGUAUUGAAGGAGUAGUAUUGCGAGACAAGUUUGGAGAAGGAGUCAAUGGUAAUCUGGUGAUCGGAACGUUGGCUUGGCCGUCUCCGUGGGUCAUUGUGUUUGGCUCCUUCUUCUCCACCUGUGGAGCAGGACUGCAGAGUCUGACGGGAGCUCCUCGACUGCUUCAGGCGAUUUCACGAGAUGGCAUCAUCCCGUUUCUUAGAGUUUUUGGACACGGAAAAGCCAAUGGGGAGCCGACUUGGGCCCUCCUGCUCACCGCCAGCAUCUGUGAAAUUGGCAUCAUUAUUGCCUCCUUGGAUUCAGUUGCCCCCAUCCUCUCCAUGUUUUUCUUGAUGUGCUACAUGUUCGUCAACCUUGCUUGUGCCCUGCAGACUCUGCUGAGGACGCCAAACUGGAGGCCGCGAUUUAAAUUCUACCACUGGGCUCUGUCGUUCCUGGGUAUGAGCCUGUGCCUGUCGCUCAUGUUCAUUUGCUCUUGGUAUUAUGCCAUUGUUGCUAUGGGGAUAGCCACCUGCAUCUACAAAUACAUUGAGUUUUGUGGAGCGGAGAAGGAGUGGGGUGAUGGCAUCCGUGGCAUUUCGCUCAGCGCUGCACGGUUUGCUCUGAUGAGGCUGGAGGAGGGACCCCCACACACAAAGAACUGGAGGCCACAGAUUCUGGUUCUGGUGAGCGUGGAUGCAACGCAGAACGUGGAACAGCCCCGUCUGCUCUCACUGACCAAUCAGCUGAAAGCAGGCAAAGGUCUUACGAUCGUUGGUACUACUGUUCAAGGAACCUUUCUAGGCAACUAUACUGACGCUCAGAAGGCAGAUCAGUCUCUGCGAAAGUUGAUGGAGACAGAAAAAGUAAAAGGCUUCUCUCAGGUUGUCAUCUCCUCCAACCUAAGAGAUGGAACCUCCCACCUGGUACAAGUUGGAGGACUUGGAGGUCUAAAACACAACACAGUUAUGGUCAGCUGGCCCUCCAACUGGAAACAGCCAGAAUACUACCAGCAAUUUAGAAACUUCAUUGAGGUGGUUAGAGAGACAACUCUAGCAAGUCUGGCAUUACUGGUUCCCAAAAAUAUCUCAAGCUAUCCAUCCAAUGGAGAGCGCUUCACUGAAGGCCACAUAGACGUGUGGUGGAUCGUCCAUGAUGGAGGGAUGCUGAUGCUCCUCCCCUUCCUGCUGCGCCAGCAUAAGGUGUGGAGGAAGUGCAAGAUGCGUAUUUUCACUGUGGCUCAACUGGAUGACAACAGCAUCCAGAUGAAGAAAGACCUCAUUAUGUUCCUUUAUCACCUGCGACUCGACGCUGUUGUGGAAGUGGUGGAGAUGCUGGACGGUGACAUAUCAGCGUACACAUAUGAGAAGACGCUGGUAAUGGAGCAACGAACGCAGAUCCUCAAACAAAUGCAUCUGACGAAGAAUGAGAUGGAGAGAGAGAUACAAAGCAUCACAGAUUCAUCUCGUGGAUCCAUACGGCGUAAAAAUCCACCUACUUUGCAGCCCCAGCACAAGGCCGAGGGUGGAGACGCUGUGGCAGAAAAACCAGAGGAUAAGUCUGAAGCUGUCUCCAACCAAAAACAGGUCCAGCUGAUCCACAGCAAGAACGCCUCCACACCCACCAGCCCAACAAGCCCCACGCCACCUGCUGAGCCGCCUGCAGGAGGCGCUGCAGCCUGGACAGACAGUAAGGGCGCAGACAAAGGAAGGACCCUUUCACCUUCAGCACCUGCAGAGGCGGGCAAAGACCUCUUCAGCAUGAGGCCGGAAUGGGAAAACUUGAAUCAGAUCGACGUGAGGCGUAUGCACACAGCCGUGAGGCUCAAUGAGGUCAUCACCAAAAAAUCCAAGGAGGCAAAGCUGGUCCUGCUCAACAUGCCUGGACCACCAAAAAACCGCACCAACCAGACAAUUCCCAUGCACAAUGCAGUCUACAGGGAUUACCCCGUCUUCACUGACAUCCAGGUCAUGAUUUUCCUGGGAUUUGGAUGCCUCCUGGCCUUUUUUCGAUUCUAUGGUUUUGGAGGGAUGGUCUUCAACUUCCUGACUGCAACUUUUGCGAUCCAGUGGGCAAUCCUGGUGCAGGGCUACUUUCAGUUUUACCAUGAUGGUAAGAUCUACCUCGGAGUGAUUAAUCUUAUAAAUGCGGAGUUUGCCUGUGCCGUGGUUCUUAUAUCUUUCGGGGCAGUUCUGGGAAAGACCAGCCCAUUGCAGCUGCUAGUCAUGGCUCUGCUGGAGGUGCCGGUGUUUGCAGUCACAGAGUGGGUUGUCCUGAGUUAUCUAAAGAUCAAUGAUGCUGGAGGCUCCAUUCUCAUUCAUCUGUUCGCCUGUUAUUUUGGUUUGGGUGUGACGUUUGUGCUACACAGACCGAGUCUCAAUGAAGGACAUGCAAAGGAAAACAGCAGUUACCACUCUGACAUCCUGUCUGUCAUGGGGACCUUGUUUCUCUGGGUGUUCUGGCCCUCCUUCAACUCAGCUUUGACCUUUAAAGGAGACGACCAACACAGAGCCAUCCUCCACACUUUCAUCGGCCUCAGCGCUUCCACGAUCACAGCCUUUGCUCUCUCGACUCUGCUGAACAAGGACGGAAAACUCACCAUGGCUGACGUUCAGAAUGUGACCCUAGCUGGGGGCGUGACAGUCGGGGCAUCGGUGGAUAUGAUGAUUUCUCCUGCAGCUGCAUACGUUUUGGGUAUGCUAGGCUGCACUGCAUGCAUGUUGGGUUACAAAUACCUGAGCCCCUUUUUGGCCAAGCGCUGCAGGAUCCAGGACCAGUGCGGGAUACAUAACUUGCAUGGACUAACGGGACUCAUUUCAUGCGCUGCGGGGAUAUGGGCCAUACUGGUGGCUGAUGAGGAGGUUUACGGUCCCAGCUUGUAUGAGAUUUUUGCCCACAGAGCCCCUGUGGAAGGCGACCCUCAACUGGAAAAGCUCCAGAUGCUGAUUCCAGGAUUGAAGCCAGGUUUGGGUCGGACCGCCCAAGAACAGGCCCUCUUCCAGGUUGCAGCUGUUUUCUCCACAGUGGGACUGGCAGCACUUGGGGGUCUCCUUACAGGCUUUGUGUUGAGGUUGCCGUACUUUGCACCCCCCUCUGAUGACCUCUGCUUCGAUGACAGACUAUUUUUUGAGGUUCCUCAGGAUUAUGACUCACCCCUUCAAGUUAAUAACAUAAUGAUGGAAGACACUUCUGCAUGAUGUGUAACAUUUACACAAAUACAAGAGUUUGUAACUUCUGAAAUAUUAUUUACUACCAACAAAUAUUGUGUUUUUAUUUGUGUGUUUCAUUGCGCAACUCAUCAUGUUUUUACAUUGCAUUGUGUUCCACAAAUGUAUAUGUUUCCUUUUUUUGCAAUUUAUUAAGAAAUAAAAUGCAAUAAAUUAAGCGACGACAUCUUCAGAAAAAAAUGGAGUUAAAAUCUUUAUAUAUGAUUAUUCAUUUUAAAAAAAUAUUAUUUUGAAUAAAGGUGAGACACAAAAUAUGUACCCAUUUA